CGUGUCUCCGCAGGCCCGGGGCCGCGCAUUCUCCGCGUUCGGAGCCCCCGCCCCCGCGAGCCGCCGCCCUGCCGGGACUCGGACUGGUGGUCGCGUGGUCGGAGGGGCAGGCUCGCGUGGGCCCGGUGAGGGCCAGGCCCGUGGCCCGUGACCCGUGACUGGUUCCUGCGGAGGAAUCUCUGUCUGCUGUUGUAGUAAGAGUUGUUCCCAGUCAGUAUGCUCAGGAUGGGUGAGUUCAAGGAGAAGAAGGCUACAUGCGGCACAGUCUGCCUCAAGUACCUGCUGUUCACCUACAACUGCUGCUUCUGGCUUGCUGGCCUGGCGGUCAUGGCAGUCGGCAUCUGGACCCUGGCCCUCAAGAGUGACUACAUCAGCUUGCUGGCCUCUAGCACCUACCUGGCUACAGCCUACAUCCUGGUGGUGGCCGGUGUUGUUGUCAUGGUCACUGGUGUUCUGGGCUGCUGUGCCACCUUCAAAGAGCGGCGGAACCUGCUGCGCUUGUACUUUAUCCUGCUCCUCCUCAUCUUCCUGCUGGAGAUCAUUGCUGGCAUCCUGGCCUAUGUCUACUACCAGCAGCUGAACACAGAGCUCAAGGAGAACCUGAAGGACACCAUGACCAAGAGGUACCACCAGCGGGGCCACGAGGGUGUGACCAGUGCUGUGGACAAGCUGCAGCAGGAAUUCCACUGCUGUGGCAGCAACAACUCCCAGGACUGGCAGGACAGCGAGUGGAUCCGCUCUGGAGAGGCUGGUGGCCGAGUGGUCCCCGACAGCUGCUGCAAGACCGUCGUGCCGCGCUGUGGGCUUCGUGACCACGCCUCCAACAUCUACAAGGUGGAGGGCGGCUGCAUCACCAAGCUGGAAACCUUCAUCCAAGAGCACCUGAGGGUCAUCGGGGCCGUGGGCAUCGGCAUUGCCUGCGUGCAGGUCUUUGGCAUGAUCUUCACGUGCUGCUUGUACAGGAGCCUCAAGCUGGAGCACUACUGACCACGGGGCCGGCCUGGCCACCCGUCCCACUUGACUACUGAGCUGACUGCUGACAGGCCCUCCUCCUGCCUGCAUGUCCACACCCCACACCCGCCCCGGGGUGGGGGGCGUCAAGUGCCUUUUGCUCACCCCUCAGCCUGAGCCCGAGGGAGGCCGCCUGCCGUCCGUCUGGGGGCGGGAUCUGGACGUGCCCUCCGGGUGGGGUCCGAGGCAAGCAGGCCUUGCCGGAUGGCACCUCUGGCUGCUUGGCUCCAUCCCCUCUGGGGGGCGCUGGGGGGCCUGGACCCAGCCCACACCCCCGGCCUCCCCUGCUCCUAGUGCCACUCCAGAUGCUGUGUUCUCGUGCACACUGCCUACCUGCCAGAAGUCUGGUGUUCACACGUAUUUCUACCUAUCGGACUGCAGAUUUCCCACCGCCGCUCCUGCCACUAACAGGUGCUCAAUAAAAGCUUGAACCGUCGGGUCA